AUGGCUGCUUCAUUGCUCGCCUCCAUGAUGUCAACAGAAGGUCCAACAGGCCAUUCCCUGGACCGCCGCUUGACGAGCGAGGCGACGCUGGAUAUCGACCCGCUGCCCGUUAUUCAACGGCGAGGCCUGAUUGCGAUCUCGGUCUUGGCCUUCCUUUCGUUCCUUGCAACAGGCGGUUUACUUUGUUUCAUCACAUAUCGCCUGAUCUUCUGGCGAAAAAGCUACGCCAGAUACAUUGGUUACAACCAAUACAUCAUCCUCAUUUAUAACCUUGUCUUGGCCGAUUUCCAGCAAUCCCUCGCUUUUUUGAUUUGUUUGAACUGGAUCAUCACCAACAAGAUCAAGUCCGGCACCGCCGGGUGCUUCCUGCAGGGUCUAUGGCUUCAGGUGGGCGACCCCGGCAGUGGACUGUUCGUGCUGGCCAUUGCCUUCCAUACUUUCCUGCUCGUUGUCUGGGGCUACAAGAUGAGCUACAAAGUCUUUGUAGGGUUCGUCUGCGCCGUCUGGGGUCUGGUCUGCCUCAUCGUGAUCAUUCCCCUCUGUCUCUAUGGCGCGGACGUCUAUGUUCCCUCGGGCGCUUGGUGCUGGAUUAACGAAAAGCACGAGGCGGCCCGUCUUUGGACUCACUAUAUCUGGAUUUUCCUCGCGGAGUUCGGCACCGUCUGUCUCUACGCCAUCAUGUACUUCCAGCUCCGGAAACAAAUCAAAGCUUCCGCCAUUCUGGGCAACAGUCAACUGGAAAGUCUGAAGCGGCUGCGUCGUGUCGUCGGAUACAUGACAAUCUACCCCAUUGUGUAUAUCGUGCUCUCGCUUCCUCUUGCCGCGGGACGAAUGGCAUCUGCUCACGGAGACAACCCAUCCCUUACCUUUUUCUGCUGCGCUGGUGCCAUUAUGACGACCUCCGGACUUGUCGAUGUCGUGCUCUACACUCUCACCCGCCGCAGUCUCCUCAUCGACACCGAAGACAGCCACGACCGCUCAUACAACAGAUUCCCGAGCAGCAAGGGCCGUCGCGGCGACACCCACUUGACCACAAUCACCGCCGACAUGCGUUCUCCAUCGAAGGUGGGCGGAGCCCAAGAAACCCGCGAUGGGUCCACCGAAUAUAUCGUCCAGCCCGGUGUCGAACUGGGCCCCAUGGACGGCAAAGUGUACCAGGAGACCACCAUCGAAAUCACCCACGAGCCUGCGUCUCUCGAUGGUGGCAGCUCGUCCUCCUCCCCGAAGAACGAGUUCACUCACCCCCCUUCACGGACUCUGUGGCGGCGAUGA